UUUGGUUCGUCAUUCAUUCUUAUUCGGCCAACCAACUAAGAACUUCCUUCACUUUUUGCCAACUCCUCACUUCUUGUGGACGGAGGAAAAAACUGCAAAAACGGUACAAGAUAAGGUACUCUGUUUCGUAAGGAAGUAAAGUAAGCGAUCAGCAGUGUCGUAAAGAAAUUUGAAGUUUCUUCUUGUUGGGUGUGUGUUUGGGGGAAAGGUUCAAGAAUUUUGAAAGAAUUUACAAGUUUCAAAUUUCAAAGAGAAUUUAUUCCAAAGAAGUUCAACCAUUAAAAUAUUUGACAAUUAAUCCUUCAGUGAUUGUUCGUCGUCAUUAUCCUCGCCGUCGUCCCCAGUUGUCAGUGUCAUUCACGAAUUGUCUUUAUAAUCACUCAUUGUUUAAUUUAGCAACAGUGUUCUUCUGUUCUUCAUUCUUCAGCUGAGAAUCAACUCUUCGUGUAUCAUUUAAAUGACCUUAAAAAUUGCAAGUUUACUACUCGUCCUCAUCUCCCAGCAUUAAAUAUCGGAUCACAUUUUGUAAAAGUUUCAUAUGGAUCAAGGAAACCUCGUGUAUCUCUCCGCCUGGUGUAGAUGACAUUAUAUUCGUCCCAUUAAUAAUUGAUUGACUCGCUCUUCUUCUUCUCGUUCCUCGGAUUUGGAGUGAAUUAGAUAAUAAAUUCAAUUAGGAUCGACCGACCCAGCAAGCAGCUCCUUCACCCUGAUUUGCAAUCUAAGGAGGAAUACAUACAUACAUACCCUGUCAAAUAAUAAAUUCUCACCGUGUGGAGCAAAACCUAACCAAAUCCGUGGGUUGGAUUGGAUCAUAACAACAAAAAGUGGAGGAGUGUCACCUCACAAUCAUUCAUUUCGUCCUCUAGUUCGGCUGGACUAAAUCAUUUUCAGAGUGAGAUAAGAACCACUACCACCUCCACCACAACUAAUUUACUAAUACGUGUUACAUACACUGCCUGGAAAGUCAGACCAAGAAGAAGAAGCAAGUCAAGGACAAGGGUCAAGAAGAAGAUAUAAUAUAAUACAGAAAAUUAGUAGGAGAAGAAUCUUAUCGUGAGUGGAUUGGAUGAGUGGAAAAUUUUACGAGUCAUUGAUUCCCUAAAUUUUGUUGUUGUGUUCUCUUUUACUUUUUUUAGACGGGGGUUUUUAACGUGUUUAAAUAAGUACACACCGGAAAUUUAGUCAAGAUGCAAGUAAGCGUGGCCGGGUUGAGGAGGAAUAUAAAAAAUAUAGCGCACAACUAUACAGAACCGCAGAAAAAGGUGCGCGAGGCGACAAGUAAUGAUCCAUGGGGUCCGUCGAGCACCCUCAUGUCGGAAAUUGCCGACCUCACGUACAACAUAGAAGCCUUUGCACAGAUCAUGGAAAUGUUGUGGAAGCGGUUGAACGAUCAUGGCAAGAAUUGGCGGCAUGUUUACAAGUCACUCGUACUACUGGAGUACCUCAUUAAGACGGGGUCGGAGCGGGUUGCCCAACAAUGUAAGGAGAAUAUCUUUGCUAUACAAACGCUGAAGGAUUUCCAAUACUUCGAGGACAACAAGGACCAAGGGAUGAACGUUCGUGAGAAGGCGAAGCAGCUCGUCACCCUCCUCACGUCCGAGGAACGACUGAGGAAUGAGCGUGCCCGAGCGUUGAAGGCGAGAGAAAGAUUUGCGCAAACCGUGUCUGGCUUUGGUUCUUCUGACUCGAACGAGACGACGCCCACCAGUCCCGUAUUUGGUUCUGGUUUCGGUGGUGGUCACGGCUCAAAUGAUGCAAUGAACGGGGGUAGCGGCCAUGGCAGAUCCUCCUCCUCGCAUCGCGUCAACCCAGAGCUGGAACAAGCCCGGCCACAAACUGUGGGCGAGGAAGAACUCCAACUCCAACUCGCCCUCGCCAUGUCGAAAGAGGAAGCAGACCAAGAGGAAAAACGGCGACGCUCGGAUGACCUCAAACUCCAAAUGGCAUUGUCCCAAAGUGAAGACGAGUCGAAAAGUGAUUAUUUCCGAGGUGCGGGUGGAUCUAAAAGUAACGACAGUAAGAAUUCAUCUGCUCUCGUCGAUCUAUUGGAUGUCGACCUUGGUGGCGCUGCGGGUCUGGAGGCGCAGGGUGCUGUGGGUGGAAUAGUAGGGCCGGAUCCUUGGGCGCCAAAACAUCAGUCAUCCGCUCUGUUGAUGUCGUCUUCAAGUAAUAGUAAUCAUCACCAUAAUAAUCUUGGGGGAGGAGGAGCAGAUCCUUGGAGUGGGGCGAGUAGCACGUUGACAUCACCGCAGGAUCCGUGGUAUCCUAAUUCUGCUUCGGGAGGAGCAGUUGGAGGUAUUUCGGGGGAUCCCUGGUCCACCUCAACUCCAUCGAACCAUCAUCCCCCCGCCGAUCCAUGGUCACCCGGCUCCUCCUCCGCCAUGGUUGUAGCCUCACCCGUCGUCGAAGACGAAUUUGACAUCCUCUCCAAGCGGACCGAACUUUCGUCCCCCUUCAACCUCGACCCCCUCGGACCCACCCUCCUCACACCAAUGAACACCUCCCGCUCCGCCAACUCCACUCCGGAUAACUUUUCAUCCCGAAAUAACAAAAAAGAUCCGCUCGAUUUCCUCGGCGAGAACAGUGGCCUCGUCAACUUGGACAAUUUAGUCCCCCCGGCGAAACCUCACUCGUCCUCGGCGGCGACCUCCUCCUCCAUGGCGAACGCCUUCCAGCAAGCAAAUCCCUUCGCGCCUCCGCCCGCUACCAGUUUGCUGUCCUCCUCCUCCAUGCUAAAUAACGGUCCGGCACAACCCGUCAAUCCGUUCCACCUCCAAAACGCGAUCGCCAAACCGAGCAUUAAUGAAAUCCGGGAGAAACAACAGCAAGUUAAUGUCGGAGGAAAUAAUGGUUUCGGAUUGUCGUCCUCAGUGUCUCGACCUCCUGCAAAUAAUCCGUGGUCACCCGUUAAAGAAAAUCCCUUCCUUGGUUGACGAUAGUGGAUUAGUUUUCGUUCUUUUUCGCCUGGAUUAAGUUGUACAUUUAAUUAAUUAAUUUAAAUUUAGUUAGUUAGUUUUCCACACUGACUUUUUUCUUAGUCUUCUUUUUGAUUUCCUUUUUCCGACUUUUGAUCACGAUUGCGUAAAAAAAUUGAGAGAGACAGAUUUACAUUUUAUAUACGAAGGAAGUAAGAUUUGAUGUCGGUUUACAUAAUUACGAAAAGUGUCGCAUCCGCACUUUAAAUAUAUAUUUAAUUAAAUUCUUUAUGCGGGUUGGACGCUUUAAAGGAAAAAACAAACCUCGGAAUCUUCUAUUCAAAUUUUGAUGAAACUAUAAAUCUGCCAAAAAUUAGGGGUUGUUAUUUAUAAUGACGAAUUAACUAUUAACUUUAAUCUAUGAAAAGCUAUUAAUUAGAAUUACCAAAAUGAUGCACGCAAGCUAUUUGUAGCUCCACUGAUUUCUAUUUUGACGACGACAAAUUUUCAAAAUUUCAUCUUUUUUUUCAGAAGUGUUUUAAUUAAAUUAUUCACUGCAAACCUUAUUCAAACCAAACCUACCAAUGAGAAGAUGAUACACAGUUAAUUAUAGUGAGAAGAUAAAUAUUUUAGAAAGUUAGUUUAGUUAUUAGCGCCUUAACCUUAAGUUUAGUUAGUUAGCUAAUUAUUAUUAUGAUGUAACCAUUUCAACCAUAUAUAUAGCUAGCUUAUCAUGAUGAUUACACAUUAUCUUUAAUUUAAAUGUUACAUGAUAACCCUAAAUACAACUACUACUAAAAAAUAUUAAUUAAUUAGAUUACACCAUCACGACUCUGCAGACUCGAAUUUAUGUAAAUCAUCGAUAGUUAAUUAAUUAUUAUUAUGUAUUCAACACUAUAGUUAACGAGAUAAUCAAUCUAAUUAAAUAAUUAAGUAAUGAUAGUAUUUUGCAUGAUACAUAAUUAAUUAUACCAAUUAAAAUUAACACACCUUAUAUAACAGUCAUGUUAACUAUGUAAACGAAAAAUCCGUAUUAUGAUGAUAACAUUACAACGUUUCUGCUGCAACUAAUUAAUUAAUUAAUUGUUCUAAAAUAAUUAUAUCGUCCUAGUAGUUUAGUUUGGCUUUAAAUCAUUGUAAAAUUUUGAAAAAAUAUACGCCAGCCAGCCAGCUAGAGAUUUUAUAUGUUGGGUUGUAGAGAGGGCAGUACUACUAAAUUAAUUAAUUAUCUCUGAUAACUGUCCAAUUAAUUUUAGUUUGAUAAUUUCUACUCAAAAAGUUUCCUACUAAAAAUUAACUAAUUAUACAUACAUAAAUUCGGGUAUAUCUUUACUUUUCUAUUUAAUAAGUUAUCAAGCAAAACGCCUAUAUUACAAUUAAGUAUCUGCUCUGCUUCCCUGCCUAAAAAAGCACAUUAAUUAAUUAAUUAACUAACUUUAAGUCAGUUAAUUUAAUUAUUAUUGUAAAGCUAGCCUGUUUUAAUUCCGUUUUUUAUAUUAAAGUCAUCGUCAUAAAAUUAUUGUAUGUAAUAUAUUUGUAAUUUAGGUAUAUCGUAAUUUAAAAUUUAAGAAAAUAUACUGGAGAAAGUUGAAAAAAA